AAGCUCAAAAACUAGGGCUACUCGGGAGCAUAAACUCGGGCUGUUUUUUUUAGUUCACUUGGAUCCAUCUGCCAAUAAUAUUUGUCUUCUAAGUUCUAACUUCUUUACCUGCUAAAAAAAAGUAAGAACACAUUUUCAUGUCUAUCGUUUUCUCGUUUUUCUUUCCCUCUUCAGGGUGAUUUGCCACUGAAAUUCUGCGUGCUAUUACUCUCUUUCUCUCUCCUACAAUGGGCACUCCAUCAGCGGCAUUAUACUCUACUAAAUACCCUCUGAAUUUCCAUUUCAGUGCCAAAAUUUCAGCUAGGCAUUUCAACAAACAGCUGGUGUGCAAGCAACAAACUUCCGUUUCUUUUCCCAGUAGCACGGUAAAGUUGUCAAAUUUCUCAUCUUUGGCAUUAAAUUCAGCUAAUAUUAGGCGUACCCAUUUGCUUCAACCUAUCAAAUGUGCGUCUUCUGAAAACCCCACUUCAAAAAUACAUCCCCAAGUGCUGUUUGAGAAUCUCAGGAACUUGUCAUUUGAUUCAGUUAAAGAAGUUUUAUCUGGGUUAACUCCUAUUGAUGUUUGUAAGUGGGUGACAAUUGCUGUUGUCCCUAUUACAGUGACGAAAUGGGUAGUUAAUGUGGUGUUCAAUCCCUUUUUUUGGAUGUAUUUCAGUUGGACAUGGUUGUUUUGGCCAUGGUUUGUUGCAAUUGGGCUUGGGAUUUAUGGGUUUUAUUGUUUUCGAAAGCAUUUGCGUGGCGAAGCUAGUGAAAUUGAGCAACUUGCCAUUGUUACUUCUGCAUUCACUUGGUUAACACUUGUUCCACCAGCAUAUUUCAAUGGAUUUUUAGAAGGAUGGCCCUUUGUGUUCUUCUUUGUUUAUCACUAUUUCUUCUUCUUUAAUGUGAGCAUUCGAAAGCGACUUUAUGGUGAUUAUUAUUCAAAGCCACAUGAUCCUAAGUGGGAUGUGAGUGUUCCAAGCUGGUACCAGGGUUUGUUUGGUGUAGGAGUUAUGAUUGGGCAUUGGCUUGCUGCAUUUGAGGGGCCAGAAUUGCAACUUAUUCCGGGGGGAUGGAGCAAUGUUGGGAUUUGGGGUUUGAUAAUGGCCACGCUGUUUAUGCAUUAUAAUGCUUCAUUAUACCUAGCAAAGUACUCAGAGAAGGUUGUAGAGCCGACCUCAGUUGUACAAUUUGGGCCAUUUAGAUGGGUUCGACAUCCCAUUUAUGCAUCCACGAUGCUUCUGUUUGUCUCAUAUUUUGUGUCACUCCGGGCUCCUCUGAGUUGCUUAUACAUUAUUGGUGUCUGCGUAAUGUAUUAUAAUCAGAAAGCAAAGUUGGAGGAAGAGUUGAUGUUAGACACAUUCAGAGAGAGGUAUCUGGAGUACAUGAGCAAAGUUAAGUACAAAUUUAUCCCUUUUGUUUACUAGAUACAACUUGUGACUCAGUUCUUGCGUAAGGUGUUUGUGAAACUUGAUAGCUGGGAACAUGAAAAUCUAUAGUAUCCUUAAUCAUGCUCUGAUUUGAUGAUUAAUUGUUUUUGA